CCAGUCUCAAGCAGCUCAUCCUACCCAUCCUCUUAGACGACGACUCACUCGAAUCGAACUCGUCUUGACUUAGAUCGACCUCUCCUCGAACCGAACCCACCUUACCCAUUCAUCAUGAGCCAAUCACUUAAGCAAGCAGCUGAAUCAGCUCGCUCAAAGACCAGCGAUGUGUUGGGAGCUGCUCGAGGUGACUCGGCCGCUAUUGCCAAUGAUAUUCUUCACACUCCUCUCAUGAGGGCCGCUCUCCCCUUCAUCAAUGGCGGUAUCAGCGGUAUGGUGGCCACGACUGUCAUCCAGCCUGUCGACAUGGUCAAGGUCCGCAUUCAACUCGCUGGCGAGGGAACUGCUUCUGGCCCUAAGCCUUCUCCUCUCUCCGUCACUCGACAGAUCAUCGCCAGUGGAAAGGUCCUUGACCUGUACACUGGUCUCUCAGCUGGUCUUUUGCGCCAGGCUGUCUACACCACUGCCCGCUUGGGCAUGUUCGACACGCUCAUGGGAAACCUGUCCGCCCGAGCCAAGGCUGAUGGUCGCUCAGUCGGUUUCUCCGAGCGAGCUACUGCUGGUCUCACUGCCGGUGGUAUCGCUGCCAUGAUUGGUAACCCUGCUGAUCUGGCUCUCAUCCGAAUGCAGAGUGACGGCCUCAAGCCCCUGGCCGAGCGAAAAAAUUACAAGUCCGUCAUUGAUGCUCUCACCAGCAUCGCCAAGAGCGAAGGUGUCGGUGCUCUCUGGGCCGGUGCUGCUCCCACAGUCGCACGAGCUAUGGCUCUCAACUUUGGUCAGCUCGCUUUCUUCAGUGAAGCGAAGGUCCAACUCAAGAACAACACCGAUCUCUCUGCCCGCACCCAGACUCUCACUGCCAGUGCAAUUGCUGGUUUCUUCGCCUCUUUCUUCUCGUUGCCCUUCGACUUUGUCAAGACACGACUCCAGAAGCAAUCCAAGGGACCCGACGGCAAACUUCCCUACCGCAGCAUGAUGGACUGCUUCUCCAAGGUUGCUAAGCAAGAGGGUCUCGGCCGCUUCUACCGUGGUUUCGGUACAUACUACGUCCGCAUCGCUCCUCACGCUAUGGUGACAUUGAUCGUUGCUGAUUACCUUGGCUGGAUCACCAAAUAAACAAACGACUCGACAAAUGAGAAAUGAACGGUUGUCCGGAUAGAAUUCGACACCAUCCAAGGCGUUAUCUGGCGUGGGGCAUUGUAAAUGGGAUUAUUUUAUGGAUAGGAGCUGUAGGAUACCAUUGCUGCUACCUUUUAGGUCUUUCU